AACUGUGCUGUUAGAUAUAGUUACCUUUGAAAUCUCAAACGCACUACACAUCCGUCCAAACAUGAAGUUCCUGAUCGUCUUCGUUGCUCUCUUCGCCCUGGCCGUGGCAGCUCCUGCGGAGGUUGAAAUAGUGCGCCAAGUAUUGGAUGUCCAGCCUGACAGCUACAAGGAGGAAACGGUGCUAUCUGAUGGUACUAGCUCUCAGUCUGAAGGUGUGCUGAACAACGUUGGCACAGAGCAAGAAUCUCUUGCCGUCAAGGGCUCGUACAGCUUUGUUGCCGAUGAUGGUGUAACAUACACUGUUAACUACAUUGCCGAUGAGAACGGUUUCCAGCCACAGGGUGCUCAUUUGCCCGUUGCCUAAGCAUU